UAAUUCUAUUUGCAAACCCAAACACGCACAUCCAGCGUCUCGGUCGAUUUUUUUGUCGAUAUAACAGCUCAAAGUCCCGAAAACAGGCAGAAAUUCAUCCAGAAAACACGGAAUAUGCUUUGAAUCUCGAUAUAGAUGGAGUUUAAUACUUUACUAGCGUUAGCCUGGUAGCUUGGACUGCACCACUUGAAUAUCACGAAUAUCACAAGACACACACUGCACCAAAAAUCCACAUGCACCACUUAAAUACGAAUAUUAUUGUCAUAAUCGACGCCUGAUGCUGUUGAGAAGUAAAGGAAGCUGUGGGACGUCAGUGUUUGUUUAGACAGGAACGCUCAGGCAACAUUGCACGACUGAUACUGGAGUUGGAGCAUUUCAGACAUCCACAAUGGAGAAGACAGAGAAGAGGCCUGGAUACUUCGCCAGGCUGAAGAAGAAGCGGCAGCUGAAGCAGAGCCAAUCAGAGAAAGCAGAUGCCGAGCAGAACCAAUCAGAUUUGGAAUCCAAGACUCCAGUCAUCUGUGAGCCCGCUCCCAUUGGUCGAUCUCAGGAGAGGAAUCCGGAAAGAGCGAGAGGCUCAGAUGACUACAGCCGGACCAAGAAAGAGAAAAGCAAACCUCCAGGGACUGUGGAGUUCACGGUCGGACCGAAGGACACUCUGAACAGCAUCGCUCUGAAGUUCAACAUCACCCCGAACGAACUGCUGCAUCUGAACCGUCUCUUCUCUCACAGCGUGGUACCUGGACAGAAACUGUUCGUCCCUGAUGUGGACCAAUCAGAGCGCAGUUCUCAGGUGGACGGCUCCUGUGAGCGUCUCUCAGCGUCAGAGUCCACAGAGAAGGAGAUGAAGGAUCUGUCUGAAGACGAGAGUCCCACCACCGUCAGAUUCAUCAAGAUGAGCUGCAAGUACUUCACUGACGACACGGGCGUCGUGGGAGGAGUGUUGAUUAUAACACCCAAUAACAUCAUGUUUGACCCGCACAAAUCUGACCCGCUGGUGCUGGAGAACGGCUGUGAGGAGUACGGUCUCAUCUGUCCCAUGGAGGAGGUGCUGUCCGUGGCUCUGUAUGACGACGUGUCCCGAAUGAAGCGCAAGGACUCGCUGCCGUCGCCGGGCGAGUGGGAGGAGCUUCCCUCCGAACAAGAUCUGAACCCCUUUAGUCGUUACGAGGCUCUCGGAGCGCCCAACCAACUAAUCGUGUUAGACGAUAUCGAAGCGGCCAUCUCUGAGAUAUCAGAGUGCCAGAUCCCUGACAAAUCUCCGUCGGACGAAGGUUUCACCGAACUGGAGCUCCUGCAGAGCGACUGUAACACCACCUGCUCCGGCCACGAGGGGGCGCCACCACAGGAGCAAAGAAAGACGCCAACAGACCAAUCAGUGAGGUUGUAUCUACCCGAAAAGCUGGACCAACCAGCACUGGUGCAUGAUGGGAAGGAAGCCGUCAUAGAAGUGGACGAGGUGACCAAAACAAGGGGUGAAACGUUAGCAAACAGAGUCUCAGCAAUCGAGGCGAUCGCAAGAGACCAAAAAGAGAUGACCCCAGAGGACUCUGGGAAAUGUAGUUGGCCUGGACCAAAUGUUGAGGAUAGUAAGACGCCAAACUCGGACGUAGAGCUUCCUGAAGCGGAGAUACACAGACGAGCCAGUGAGGCCGAGAUGAAGUCGUGGCUGCUAAAUAGAAUACAGAGACCAAUCGAAGACAUGCUGCUGUCCAACGAAGAAAAGAGCAAAGCUCCGCCCAUGUUCCUCUGCUUUAAGAUGAGGAAACCAAUGAGGAAGUCUUUCGCCACUGGUUGGACGUCUAGCCCCGCCCACUCGUACAUUGGCAGAGGGCGGCAACCAGAAUAUUGGUUUGCUGUGCCUCAAGAGAGAGUGGACCACAUGUACUCGUUCUUCAUCCAAUGGUCUCCAGACAUCUAUGGGAAGGAUACUCAGGAGCAAGGCUUUGUAGUCGUGGAGAAAGACGAGCUCAGCAUUAUCGACAACUUCUUCUUUAGUAACCCGGUUCCUCGCAGCUGGGAGAUCAUCACGAUUAACGAUGCCAAGAGACGCCAGAGCUUCAGUUUCGAGGACGAGGAACUUCUAGAUCUUCUUCCUGUUCUGAUGGACGACAGUGCUCUUCUGGAGGACACGCACAUUGAGAAGUUGUCCACUCGAUUGCCGGCCCGUGUUCAGGGCUAUCCGUGGCGUCUGGUCUACAGUACAUUGGUACACGGAACCAGCCUGAAAACCCUGUACAGGAACAUGAUGACCCUGGACUGCCCUGUGUUGAUGGUCAUCAAAGAUAUGGAGAACCAGAUUUUUGGAGCAUUUUCCACUCACCCUUUCCGAGUGAGUACGUACUGUUAUGGUACAGGAGAGACCUUCCUCUACAGCUUCCGCCCAGAGAUCAAGGUUUACCGCUGGACGGGUGAAAACUCAUACUUUGUGAAAGGAAACACAGAUUCCCUUCAGAUUGGUGGAGGAGGGGGUCGUCUGGGCUUGUGGCUGGACGCUGGCCUUUACCAUGGCUUCUCGUCCAAAUGCGCCACCUUCAACAACCGGCCACUGUCUUCCAAACAUGACUUUACCAUCCAAAACCUGGAGGUGUGGGCCUUUAAAUGAGCGCUGCAUGCUAACGUACCUAUGCGCACCAAGAGACACGCCGAAUCCAAUCCUGCUUGACCACAUGGUUUUAUUUGGUUUCUCCUAGUCUUAGCCUAGUUCCUAGUCCGACUAGAGAGAGAGAGAGAAGUUUGUGGCAGCGAUGCCGCCCAGAGCUAUCCCAGCAUGCAAUAUUCUCUAGAGAUGUUCUCGUUCAAAAUAUAACCAAUAUAUAAAAACAUGUGAACGGUGAGGUCUGUGUAUGAUAUUUUGGAAGCGUUCAAAGCCGAAAACAUAUACAGUGGUCAAAUCUGUUGCUUCGAAGCCAUGUGCACGAAUCGUAUUCUUGGUUUACAUCGUGGCGGUUUGAUGCUUUUAAUUGGUGUAUUUGCGCUAGUAAAUACAAAUAUGUCCUGAACUGGUUUUUAUUGACCAAAGCAUUUUAAGUGCCUUGUUCUCCAAUGUUUUAUAUUACAUUUUAUGGAGUGUGUGUUUUUAUUGGACGUGACGUGAUAAUUGUUUUACUGUUUUGUGAAAAUUUUAGCGACGUUUUCUAGUUAAUUCGAAAGGGAAGCACUUGAUAUUAUGCCAGUAUUACUCGUGUACACUGUGGUAAUCGCAAGCCUGAUUUCGUUAACCGAGUUGUAUCAGUUUCUAGCACAUCAGGUUUACCACUUUACUGUGGGUUUGUGUAUACAAUCAUUGACCGAUGUCACUUCCUGUUACGCGGUAGCACUACUGUAUAAGGAAAGCGUGAAAAGACGCAUGGUGCAUUCUUGCUGUUGGAGGCUUGAUGGGUUGCACAGCUCUGUAAAAGCAUCCACUUAUUCACUACUAGACCCCUUCAGUGGGCAUUAACUAACCCUGUCCAUUCCAAAUCCACAUUACAUGGUCCAUUAGGGGGGAAAAAAAAAGUUUACAAGUGUUUUAAAGUGUCUCUGAUUUUAAACACUGUCCAGUUGUGUGCAGUAACCCGUGAAUGUCAUAUUUAUUGUGUAUUUUUGUGUUUUAAAGUGAACCAAAUAAAUGCAGUAAAUGAA